AAACGACGGGAAUGGAAUGGGAUUGGUUCGAGUCUUUGCUAAUACAAAAACAAACAAGCCAAUAAUGAAUUCACAACAAACAUUUGAGUGUAAAUACAGCGUUGUUUUUCGUGACAUUUUCUGUGGAGCGCUUUUAACAAAGGUAUGACGCUGUUUCUUCGACCUGAUUUAAUACUUUCACGAUUGUAUCAGGAUUGAUAUUUUAUUGCACUAAAUAAAUAAUAAAAUUAAGCAAAACCUUCUUUGAUCGGAAGUCAAAAUGAGUUUUCAAGAUGAUCCCCAUGACCCUGAGUGGAAGGUAAGAAAAUUGAAAUCACAACCGGGAGCCGGGACCGUUAAAGAACAUCACAGCAGUGGCGGUGGAUCUGCUAGUAAACCGAAAUAUUCACAAAAAUUCUGUGAAAAAUGGUUAAAUAUAUUUUCACCAUGGCUGGCACGCUGCGAUGAUGACCCGAAUAAACCAUUUUGUCGUGCUUGCCAAUGUCGUUUGGAUUGCAAUCGCUGUCAUUUGCAGCGUCACGAGAGAACAAGUAAACAUGCACGCAAUUUGGAGAUUCUAAUUAAUAAAGGUGAAGGAGUGGCACGUUUGAAUUUGAGUAUACGACGGGAACGAAGUAAAUAUUACCUACAACGCAGGAGGAUGUCACCAACACCAGAGGAUAGUGACAAUGGUAUAGAUGAGUAUAUAGAAGAGCCGGAACCGGAAAACGACUACACUACAUAUGAACCUCAAACGGACGAACAAACAUCUGAGGAUCAAUACAUACAAGAUGAUAGUAUGGGCAAUUCCGAAAUAAUCACUGGUGAUGAAAUGAGUCACAUUGUUGACACUCAACCGGAGCUACAACAAAAACCCACUAUUAUACGCCAACGUAAAAUUGUCAAACAAGAAGAAAUGCCCGUGUCAAAUGUUCAGGUGGAGGAAGCAGAAGACGAAGAAGUUACCGAUCGUCAGGAGGGCAUGAAACUAUUGCUGCAAAUACAAAAGGACAAGAAUGAGUUAAUGGAUUCAUUUAAAGAGCUAAUGGGCAGUAAUAUGAAUAGGACGGCACCAACAGUGGCGCCAAAAGAGAAAAAUCAUGUUGAUUUAUUCUUCGAGAGCGUUAGUUCCAGUGUAAAAGCGCUGAGUCCCAAAAUGAUUGCCGAGGCAAAAAUGCGUGUUUCGCAGUUGAUAUGCGAAUUGGAAUUGAGGGCACUAACAGAAAAUGAUCAACAUCAGACGGUUCUUCUGACAAAUGAUACGUCAGGGGCAGGAUCUUAUAUCAUUAAUCAUGCAUCAACAAUACAUCAGAAUCACAGUAGUGAUGUCCAUCAUGUGGAUGGUAGUGUGACUGGUGUUCAUCAUUAUGAACCUUUGAGCUGAUCAUUAAAUGAUGAUUAUAAAA